AUGCAUAUCAAAGACAUGCUGGCUGAGGCCGAGAAGUCCGGGCGGCCGACUUUUUCCUUUGAAUUCUUUCCUCCGAAGACGGCGCAGGGUGUGCAGAACUUGUACGAUCGAAUGGACAAAAUGCAUGGACUUGGACCUAGCUUUAUUGACAUAACUUGGGGAGCUGGGGGCCAAUUGGCCGAUUUGACAUGUGAGAUGGUGAGCGUAGCUCAAUCCCAAUGCGGCUUGGAGACAUGCAUGCACCUGACCUGCACGGAUAUGGGGAAAGACGCCGUCAACAGUGCUCUCAAGAACGCUUACAGUGCCGGUUGCACCAAUAUCCUUGCACUUCGUGGCGACCCUCCUAGAGAAAAGGAGAAGUGGGAAGCUACGGAAGGGGGCUUUCUAUACGCCAAAGAGCUCGUCACACACAUCCGCCAAACAUAUGGCAACCAUUUCGAUAUUGGAGUUGCUGGGUACCCCGAGGGAUGCGAUGACCAGGAUGACCCCGAGCUGCUGUUAGAUCAUCUUAAGGAAAAGGUUGACGCCGGUGCUACUUUCAUCGUCACUCAAAUGUUCUACGAUGUUGACAAUUUCGUCGAUUGGGUUUCAAAGGUCAGGGCCAAGGGAAUCACUAUCCCUAUCGUUCCCGGAAUUAUGCCCAUAAACACUUACGCCAGUUUCCUUCGCAGGUGCAACCACAUGAAUGCCACUAUUCCACCUAAAUGGGCCACCGCGUUGGAACAAGUCAAAAACGAUGAUGCCGCUGUUCGAAGCCUAGGGACAGGUCUGGUUGCGGGGAUGUGCCGCAAAAUCCUGGCGUCGGGAAUCCACCAUCUACAUUUCUACACCAUGAAUUUGGCCCAGGCAACCCGUAUGGUUCUGGAUGAAUUGAGCCUAACGCCUUCGGAUCAACGACCAUUGAAGCAAGCAUUGCCAUGGAGACAGUCUCUCGGCCUGGGACGCAGGGAAGAAGAUGUUCGCCCAAUUUUCUGGAAGAACCGGAACAAGUCUUACGUUGCCCGAACUCAAGACUGGGACGAAUUCCCCAACGGCAGAUGGGGUGAUUCGAGAUCCCCUGCUUUCGGGGAAUUGGACACUUACGGCAUCGGCUUGAAGGGUACGAAUGAGCAGAAUCGCAAGCUUUGGGGCGAACCUAGAUCGAUUAAGGACAUUGCCGACAUUUUCGUGAAGUAUCUUGAGAAAGGCGUAGACAGCCUUCCGUGGAGUGAAGCACCGAUCACAAGUGAAGCGGACGCCAUCAAGGAGGACCUCAUUAGACUCAAUAAACGGGGUUUUCUCACCAUCAACUCUCAACCAGCAAUUGAUGGAGUGAAGUCUUCGGACCCGGUCUAUGGAUGGGGCCCAAACAACGGCUACGUCUACCAGAAAGCGUACCUUGAACUCUUGGUAUCACCAACACUCAUUGAUGAGCUGAUUGCCAGGAUUGAGCAGAAUCCUGACUUGACUUAUUAUGCUGUUAAGAAGGUUGGCAAUGUGAGGACCAACGCCCCAGGUGAUGGACCAAACGCUGUCACGUGGGGUGUUUUCCCAGGAAAGGAGAUCGUCCAGCCAACCAUUGUUGAGACGAUCAGUUUCUUAGCAUGGAAGGACGAAGCAUUCCGUCUUGGUAUGGACUGGGCACACUGCUAUUCUUCGUUGAGUCCAAGUCGUCAGUUGAUCGAGAACAUCAUGGAAACGUGGCAUCUUGUCAAUAUUGUCCACAAUGACUUCCAUCAGGCUCGUGGAUUGUUCCCGUUGUUUGACGAUCUUGAGGUUGCGGACCUGGACAAGCCUGUCGAGGUAGGGGAGACCAAUGGCGUCGGUGCUAAGCCCAAUGGCGUUGAGAACAUACCUUUGUCGAACGGGUCUGUCAAGCACUAA